AUGGCCACGCCCCCGGGGGCCGGUCCCGCGGCUCUGCGCUUCGCCGCCGCCGCCAGCUGGCAAGUUGUGCGGGGACGCUGCGUGGAGCAUUUUCCGCGAGUCUUAGAGUUUCUACGAUCGUUGCGCGCUGCUGCCCCUGGUUUAGUUCGCUUCCGCCACCACGAACGCCUGUGUAUGGGCCUAAAGGCCAAGGUAGUGGUGGAGUUGAUCCUGCAGGGCCGGCCGUGGGCCCAGGUUCUGAACGCCCUGCAUCACCAUUUCCCAGAGUCUGGACCUGUAGUGCGGGACCCCAAAGCUACAAAGCAGGAUCUGAGGAAGGUCUCGGAGGCACAGGAGACCUUUUGCCAACAGGUGAAGCAACUAGCAGAGGCCCCAGUGGACUUGGCUUCCAGGCUGCAGGAACUUGAACAAGAGUAUGGGGAACCCUUUCUGGCUGCCAUGGAAAAGCUGUUUUUUGAAUACUUGUGUCAGCUAGAAAAAGCCCUGCCUGCACUGCAGACACAGCAGCUUCAGGAUGUGCUGAGUUGGAUGCAGCCUGGAGUUUCUAUCACCUCUUCUUUUGUCUUGAGCCAGUAUGGUGUGGACAUGGGGUGGCCUCUUCCAGAGUGCUCUGUUCCCGAUUCGGCGAGCAUGACAGAGCCCACGGAGCAGAAUCCUCCUCAGCAACCAGAACUAGCACUUCACGAUCCUUUGCCAAAUGCUAGGCCUGGCCCACACCUACCUCAGGCACCAGCCUCAAGGAAGCACCAGGAACCUACAGCUGGCCACCAUUUCAAUCUGGCCCCUCUAGGCCGGCGAAGAAUCCAGUCCCGAUGGGCAUCCACUAAGGGAGGCCAUAAGGAGCGCCCCACAGUCAUGCUGUUCCCCUUUAGGAAUCUGGGUUCACCAACCCAAGUCCUAUCUGAGCCUGAGAACAGGGAAGAACAUGGGACAGACAUGGCAGAUCCAGCAGGUGCUGGGGGCACGAGAGCAGCUUCCACUGGAAAGUCAAAGAGUCCAUCCCAGACCCCGGGGGGAAGGGCUCUGAAGGAGAACCCAGUUGAGGUGUUUGCUUCAGAGCAAGAAGAGUGA